GCGGCAUCCUUUGUACUUCCUUAAACUGUCACGGUGGCCGAUUUUUUAGAAAGGAAUAUCUACUUACUGCUCAUUCAAGGUGUGUCUUUGGUCCUCUGUCCUCAUGACUCGGGUCUUUGUGUACGGCACUCUGAAGAAGGGGCAGCCCAACAACUACCGCAUGUUCGACAGCAACAAUGGAAAGGCCGAGUACCUUGGCUUGGCAUUCACCUCCCAGAAAUACCCGUUAGUGAUCACCACCAAGGACAACAUCCCUUUCCUGCUCAACAUCCCUGGCCAGGGUCACCGAGUGCACGGGGAGAUCUACAAAGUGGAUGACCAGAUGCUGAAAUUCCUGGACGAUUUUGAAAGCGUCCCAACGUUGUACCAGCGGACGGUGGUCCAGCUGGAGGUGAAGGAGUGGGUGGGGAAGAUGGAAGGAGAGGAGAAGGUGUCACCGGGGAGCAUCAUGGACGUGUUUGUGUACACCGCAACGUGCGAGCCAGACUGGCGCUCGCUGCCGUACUACGAGAACUACGACUCAGAGGGAGAUCAUGGGCUCAAAUAUAAUACGGAAGAAAAGCUAUAAAGGGACUGAUCUCACCGUGCUGACACAACUGACAAAUGGACCUCUACGUGGUGUUAGCAGAAUGGGUGAAGGAGCUCUCAGGAAAACAACACCUGGACAUGGGUGCUGUUUCCUGUCGUGUGUCAAAUUGAAAGAAAUCUCAAGAGAAAUUAAUUUUAAUAGCAGAUAGGCAGGCUUAGAAUCAAAGUAAGGAUAGUGUAGAGAAGGAAAAGGGCACACUGUGCCACUGAAAGUUGCAUAUUAGUAAUGUUGUUUACAAAUUUGGUUUUCUUUUUAUGAUUUAUAAUCAUCUGGGAAGCAUUAUGAUCAAACUGGAAAGCUUUUAUUUUGGCGUAUUGCUGUAACAUGAAUUGUAUCUCUAACUCUAAAUAUUUUGGUUGGAUGUCUGCUAUGACACUACCGGUUUAAAUGCUAAACACAUGCACUUUUAAUAAUGCAAAGAGACAGCACAUACAGUAGCCGCAUAUGCACAUCCUUUCACAUGUUGUGAAUGACUGCACUGUAAACACAGGUACUGGCCAUCUAGUUUCUCACUAAUGUGAAAAUAUUAAUAGAAAAGCUGAUCUGCAGUUCAGUAAUUGCACAUGUAUACUAAAUAUAAGCUGUAUGGGCAACGUUCUCUGAACCACGUGCACCCAUUUGUCAGCAGUUAGCUUCCUCUUACAGGAUAAAAGCAUAGUUUUAGAAACUGACUGUCACGGCUAGACGGUCCUCACUGAUCGCCUUGCCAAGUUUUUGGUGGUGUUUGUGUGUACUGUGUCGUGUUCUCCUCUCCAUCCUGUGCAUGUGUUUUUCUGCUGGAACGUGUACCUCCGGAAGCCGUGGCACGGAAUGGCGGCUGACCCGAGGGGAGUGUCCUGAGCUGGAAUCGUCGCACCUGUGCGUAAUCACUUCGCCGGCUACAACUAAUCUGAAGCAGACCUAUUUAACGGUGCGGUCGAGUCACAACCAACGCUGGAACGUUGAACUAAACCGGGUAGCGUAGU